AGUGAAUCCGAUGAUGAUAAUGAACAAUUUGAUGAGGCUGAGGAGGAAAUUGAUACAUGUGACUCUCUUUCUUCAAGUUCAUUCAAAAGUAUUGGAUCCGCUUUUCGUACAUCAUCAUUCUCUUCAGAUGAUGGUUUUGAGUCAGAGGAUGAUGUUGAUCCUUCUAUCAAGACUAUUGGAUCUAACUAUCCUCAUGUCAAACGACGAAAGAAGUUACCUGAUCCGGUUGAAAAAGAGAAAAGUGUUAGCCUUUGGUCAAUGAUCAAAGACAACAUUGGCAAGGAUCUCACAAAAGUUUGUCUUCCUGUUUACUUCAAUGAGCCUUUAUCUUCUCUACAAAAAUGCUUUGAAGAUUUGGAGUAUUCAUAUCUUCUUGAUCAAGCAUCUGAAUGGGGGAAAAAGGGCAAUAACCUCAUGAGGAUUCUGAAUGUAGCUGCAUUUGCUGUAUCCGGUUAUGCAUCAACCGAAGGAAGAAUAUGCAAACCUUUUAAUCCAAUGUUAGGUGAAACAUAUGAGGCUGAUUAUCCCGAUAAAGGCCUUCGAUUUUUCUCGGAAAAGGUGAGUCAUCAUCCUAUGAUUGUGGCAUGCCAUUGUGAUGGCACCGGAUGGAAAUUUUGGGGAGAUAGUAAUUUAAAAAGCAAAUUUUGGGGUCGAUCAAUUCAGCUUGAUCCUAUUGGUUUGUUGACUUUGCAAUUUGAUGAUGGUGAAAUUGUACAAUGGAGCAAGGUGACUACAUCAAUAUACAAUCUCAUACUUGGUAAAUUGUAUUGUGAUCACUAUGGGACAAUGCGGAUUGAAGGUAAUGGCGAAUACUCAUGUAAACUUAAAUUCAAGGAACAGUCGAUGAUCGAUAGAAAUCCUCAUCAAGUUCAAGGUAUAGUAGAAGACAAAAAUGGAAAAACAGUGGCUAAGUUGUUUGGAAAAUGGGAUGAGAGUAUGCUCUAUGUGAUGGUCAAUCAAGGAAAGGUGAAUGAAUCUCAUCUUUUGUGGAAACGAAACAAACCUCCCGAAAACCCGACAAAGUAUAAUCUAACACGGUUUGGGAUCACAUUAAACGAGCUAACGCCUGGUUUAAAGGAGAAGUUGCCACCAACAGAUUCAAGACUUAGACCAGACCAAAGGUAUUUGGAGAAGGGAGAGUUUGAAAUGGGAAAUGCGGAGAAGUUGAGGUUGGAACAAAGACAAAGACAGGCGAGAGAGAUGCAAGAGAGAGGUUGGAAACCAAAGUGGUUUAGAAAAGAGAAAGGAAGUGAGACUUAUAGAUACGUUGGAGGUUAUUGGGAAGCUCGAGAUUCUGGUCGUUGGGAUGAUUGUCCUGACAUCUUUGGUCAAGUUCACCAAUCCAUCAAGUAAACCAAAAAAAAAAAAAAACUCCAUGCAUUCACUAAAUGUUUUCAUUUUUAUUUUGCUUGUUGUUGUUGUUUGUCGUGUUUUUUUUUAUGGGUUUAUACAUGCCAUUUUUUCCUCUGCCAAAGAGUUUGUGGUGAAAUAAAUGAAUUUCUCCUUGUAUUUUUCUUGUGGUCCCUUAAAAGGAAAGAAAGAUAUUCUUGUUA